GGGUCGUGCCCCCUCCACUGACUUUUAAAAGUGGCGCCGGGACCGGAGCGAGACCCGGAGCAACCGGAUACCGGAGCUGGACUGGGAACCAACUGGGACCCAACUGGGAGCGACCCCAUCCCACUGGGACCGGUACCGACCCCACCGGGAACGAACCGGGACCGAACCGGGACCAGACCGGGAUCGAUCCCAUCCCACCCGGACCGAGCCUAUUGCAUUGGGACCGAACCGGGACUGAUCCCGACCCAACCGGGACCGACCCCAUCCUACUGGGACCGAUCCCAUUGCAUUGGGACCGAACCGGGACCAGACCCGGACCCAACCGGUACCGACCCCAUCCCAUCGGGACCAGACCAGGACCGACCCCAUCCCACCGAGACCGAACCGGGACCGAUCCCAUUGCAUUGGGACCGAACCGGGAUUGAUCCCACCCCAAACCGGGAUAAACCGGGACCGACCCGACCCCCCCCCCCAAAUCCCACCUCUGGACCCCCCAUUCCCGAUCCCAUCCCGAUCCCAUCCCGAUGUCCAACGCUCACUUCAACCGGGGCCCAGCCUAUGGGCUGUCUGCCGAGGUGAAGAACAAGCUGGCCCAGAAGUACGACCCGCAGCGGGAACGGGAGCUCCGCGCAUGGAUCGAGGCCACCACCGGGCGCCGCAUUGGGGACAACUUCAUGGAGGGGCUCAAGGACGGGGUCAUCCUGUGCGAGCUCAUCAACAAGCUCCAGCCUGGCUCUGUGCAGAAGGUCAAUGACCCCGUCCAGAACUGGCACAAGCUGGAGAACAUCGGGAACUUCCUCCGCGCCAUCACCCGCUAUGGGGUCAGGCCCCACGACAUCUUCGAGGCCAACGACCUCUUUGAGAACACCAACCACACACAGGUGCAGUCAACCCUCAUUGCACUGGCCAGCCAGGCCAAGACGCUGGGGAACAAUGUGGGGCUGGGGGUGAAAUACGCUGAGAAGCAGCAGCGACGAUUCCAGCCGGAGAAACUGCGCGAGGGACAGAGCAUCAUAGGGCUGCAGAUGGGCACCAACAAGUUCGCCAGCCAGCAGGGCAUGACCGCCUAUGGCACCCGCCGCCACCUCUAUGACCCCAAGCUGGGCACGGAUCAGCCGCUGGACCAGGCAACCAUCAGCCUCCAGAUGGGCACCAACAAGGGCGCCAGCCAGGCAGGAAUGACGGCUCCGGGCACCAAGCGCCAGAUCCUGGCAGCACCAGCGCUGGGCAUGGAGCGCUGUGAUGCCCUCACCAUAGGGCUGCAGAUGGGCAGCAAUAAGGGGGCAUCACAGAGUGGCAUGACCGUCUAUGGGCUGCCCCGUCAGGUCUGCGACCCCAAAUACUGCCCCGGGCUCCUCGAUGGGCUCGACGGCCCCAACCACCACCCCUGACCCCCCCACUGCAUGUGGGAAUGGGGGGGAUGGAGGCGGAGAUGGGUCCCCUUGGGGGGAAGGGACACGCAGGCCUAGGGACACGCAUGGAGAUGGGGCACGAGGGGCCUGAGGAGACACGCAGGGAGAUGGGGGCAUGAGGAUAUGGGGA